UAACACGAUAGUUCAUUUCAAAAGAAAGAUCUGUAGGAAGAAGAAGUAGGAAGCGACUAGAUAAUAAAGCAACCGGAUUUUAGAAGACAGGUGCCUAAAAGGUAUUUAAUUAUGGAAGACGUAGAUUUCUCCACAAGACUAAAGAAGAUCAAACGAAAAUUCAGUCGAAAAGCAAGCUAUGAUGUUGAUUUUAAAGCACCGAGUUUCAAAGUAAAAUCUCUGUGUUUAGAUGGGAUACCAGUGGAAGCUAUUUCUAAUCAAUGCUCUAAUGAAGCUGUCGAUAAAGCACUUUCUUCUGUUGGGUCUUUGCAAGGCAAAAACAAACAAGACAUUCUUUUAAAAAUUUCAAUUAAGUAUGGUAUCCAAAUAAUAUGCAGGAAAAGCAAAGCUGAAAUGUUUAAUUACAAAAUCCAUCAAGUGGGAUAUUGCAAUGUUGAUAAAAGAUACCCACAAAUCUUUGUUUUCAUUGCGGCUAUGCAAAAAGUGGAUCUAACAUGUCACGUGUUUUUAUGUGAAGAUAUACAAAAGUCACGUGCUAUAUGUCUAACAAUGGCAAACAUAUUUAAAAACAGCUUUGAAAAUUGGCAAAAGUCGAAAGAAAUGUCGAAUUCUACUCAGGUGAAAGUAAACAGACUUGAUAUUCGCCGUCAGUCGGCCGACGUUGUCGCUAUGCCACUGCCUAAACAUCUAUUAGAAACACGACGUGCGAGUGAUUUUGUGACAGCCGGUGGAUUUAAGAGAGCGAACGUACGUAGAGGAAGCACGGACACAGAUAGCAAAACGUCAAGCGAUGAGGAAGGUUUUGAUGACGAUGCAAAUCAGGCGUUUGAAGAUAUUCUGUCAAAAAGUGCUGGCAACGGAAAAUGCAGUUUGCUGAGACGGGACAGUACAGAUUGGGACGCUAUAGCACAGGAUGAAGAAAUUCAAAGAAAAAUGCAAGGAGAUCUCAUAUUAUGGGAGUAAAAAAAACAAAAACUUUUUUUCAUUCUAGUUUUUUUUGUCUUGUUUUGUUUACUGGUCAGUUUGUUUACGUUAAAUAAUAUUUGUAAUUAUUUAUUAUUAUUAAAAAAAGUAUUUUUUGUAUUAUA